CACGGGGGUUUGCCAUGGGUAUUGGUGGAGGGUCACAGUUUCCAGGCCUGUGGUGGAGUUGAGGCUGUUUGCUGAACCCAGGUGGUUGUUUAGCCUCAGCUAGGGAACGCUGGGGACCCUGGGUCUCCAACGUGGAGACUCUCUCUGACCCGGCCUUGGAGCAGCGGUGGUCGGGGCACAGUGGUUCUGGAUCAGGCAAGCUCGCUGUGACCAGCCCCACGUGCCACUCAGGCCCGCCCCUCCAGCUCCCAUGUGGCCACCGCCCCACGUGGCCCCCUCCCGAUUUUCCUGGGAAGUCUAAUGAUUAACCCCCAGUGCGGUAAUCAGCCCGUUAUUGGCCACUUUGGCCCAGCGGGCACGUGACUGGGAAGGGGUGUGGGCUGGUCCCCUCCCCCUCCUUCCCGAGUUCUCCCUAGCCGGCCAUGGACUUCCUCUUGCGGCCUCAGCCAGAGCCAGAGAGUUUGGGCCCCGCAGCGCCUGGCUUCAGCGAACAGGAGGAGGAUGAACUUCACCGCACCCUGGGCGUGGAGCGGUUUGAGGAGAUCCUGCAGGAAGCUGGGUCUCGAGGAGGGGAGGAGCCAGGCCGCAGCUAUGGGGAGGAGGACUUUGAAUACCACCGCCAGUCCUCCCACCACAUCCAUCACCCACUGUCUACCCACCUGCCUCUGGACGCCCGCCGCCGCAAGACACCCCAGGGCCCAGGACGGAAGGCUCGCAGGCGCCCUGGAGCCUCCCCCACUGGGGAGACCCCUACCAUUGAGGAGGGAGAGGAAGAGGAGGAUGAGGCCGGGGAGGCUGAGGGGGCCCGGGCAUUCACCCAGCCAUCCCCUGCCUCCACGCCCUCUUCGGUGCAGUUCUUUCUCCAGGAGGAUGAAGGCACUGACCGGAAGGCAGAAAAGACUAGUCCCUCUACCCCUCCAAUGCAGCCCCACCAGGAGGCAGCUCCCUGGGCCACCAAAGGGGCCCAGACUGGAGCCCUGGUGGAAGAGGUGGUGGUGGUGGCUGGAGGCACUGCAGGAGGCGAUGAUGGGGGUGCCUCUGGGCGUCCCCCGACCAAAGUGCAGCCCGGACACCGCAGCUACAACCUGCAGGAGAGGAGGCGCAUUGGAAGCAUGACUGGGGCUGAGCAGGCGCUGCUGCCCCAGGUCCCCACAGAUGAGAGCGAGGCCCAGACGCUGGCCACAGCUGACUUAGACCUCAUGAAGAGUCACCGGUUUGAGGACGUUCCCGGGGUACGGCGGCACUUGGUGCGGAAGAAUGCCAAAGGGUCUGGGCAGAGCAGCCGGGAAGGGCGAGAGCCUGGGCCCACGCCCCGGGCCCGACCCCGGGCUUCCCACAAGCCCCACGAGGUGUUUGUGGAGCUGAAUGAGUUGCUGCUGGACAAAAACCAAGAGCCUCAGUGGAGGGAGACGGCACGCUGGAUCAAAUUCGAGGAGGAUGUGGAGGAGGAGACGGAGCGCUGGGGGAAGCCCCACGUGGCCUCCCUGUCCUUCCGCAGCCUCCUGGAACUCCGCCGGACCCUGGCCCACGGGGCUGUACUCUUGGACCUGGAUCAGCAGACCCUUCCUGGGGUGGCCCACCAGGUGGUGGAGCAGAUGGUCAUCUCUGACCAGAUCAAGGCUGAGGACCGAGCUAACGUGCUGCGGGCCCUGCUGCUGAAACACAGCCACCCAAGUGACGAAAAGGACUUCUCUUUCCCUCGCAACAUCUCGGCGGGCUCCCUGGGCUCCCUGCUGGGGCAUCACCAUGGCCAGGGAGCUGAGAGCGACCCGCACGUCACCGAGCCUCUCAUUGGAGGUGUUCCUGAGAGCCGGCUGGAGGUGGAGCGAGAGCGGGAGCUGCCACCUCCAGCCCCGCCAACCGGCAUCACUCGCUCCAAGUCCAAGCAUGAGCUGAAGUUGCUGGAGAAGAUCCCGGAGAAUGCUGAAGCUACGGUGGUCCUCGUGGGCUGCGUGGAGUUCCUCUCCCGCCCCACCAUGGCCUUUGUCCGACUGCGGGAGGCAGUGGAGCUGGACGCUGUGCUGGAGGUCCCGGUGCCUGUGCGAUUCCUCUUCCUGCUGCUGGGCCCAAGCACUGCCAACAUGGACUACCACGAGAUUGGCCGCUCCAUCUCCACCCUCAUGUCUGACAAGCAAUUCCACGAGGCAGCCUACCUGGCAGAUGAGCGGGAGGACCUGCUGACCGCCAUCAACGCCUUCCUGGACUGCAGUGUGGUGCUGCCGCCCUCGGAAGUGCAGGGCGAGGAGUUGCUGCGAUCUGUUGCUCAUUUCCAGCGCCAGAUGCUCAAGAAGCGGGAGGAGCAAGGCCGGCUGUUGCCCACGGGGGCUGGGCUGGAGCCCAAGUCCGCCCAGGAUAAGGCGCUCCUGCAGAUGGUAGAGGCAGUGGGUGCAGUGGAAGACGAUCCCCUCCGGAGGACAGGCCGGCCCUUUGGGGGACUGAUCAGAGAUGUGCGACGCCGCUAUCCCCACUACCUGAGCGACUUCCGAGACGCGCUGGACCCCCAGUGCCUGGCUGCUGUCAUCUUCAUUUACUUUGCGGCCCUGUCUCCUGCCAUCACCUUUGGGGGGCUGCUGGGAGAGAAGACACAGGACCUGAUCGGGGUAUCAGAGCUGAUCAUGUCCACGGCACUGCAGGGUGUGGUCUUCUGCCUUCUGGGCGCCCAGCCACUGCUGGUGAUUGGCUUCUCAGGGCCCCUGCUGGUCUUUGAGGAGGCCUUCUUCUCGUUCUGCAGCAGCAACGAGCUGGAGUACCUGGUGGGCCGUGUGUGGAUUGGCUUCUGGCUGGUGCUCCUGGCACUGCUCAUGGUGGCCCUAGAGGGGAGCUUCCUGGUGCGCUUUGUCUCACGUUUCACCCAGGAGAUCUUUGCCUUCCUCAUCUCCCUCAUCUUCAUCUAUGAGACCUUCUACAAGCUGGUUAAGAUAUUCCAGGAACACCCCCUCCACGGCUGUUCAGCCUCCAACAGGUCCCAGGCAGACAGCGGCGAGAAUGCCACUUGGGCUGGGGCAGGAGCCACUCUGGGGCCUGGGAACGGGAGCUCAGCCAGGCAAUCUGGGCAGGCGAGACCCCGAGGCCAGCCCAACACGGCUCUGCUGUCGCUGGUGCUCAUGGCCGGCACCUUCUUCAUUGCCUUCUUCCUGCGUAAAUUCAAGAACAGCCGGUUCUUCCCUGGCCGAGUACGGCGGGUGAUUGGGGACUUUGGGGUGCCCAUUGCGAUCCUCAUCAUGGUGCUUGUGGAUUACAGUAUUGAGGACACCUACACACAGAAACUGAGCGUGCCCAAUGGAUUCUCAGUGACAGCCCCAAAAAAGCGGGGCUGGGUCAUCAACCCCCUGGGGGAGAACAGCCCCUUCCCUGUGUGGAUGAUGGUUGCCAGCCUCCUACCCGCCAUUCUAGUCUUCAUACUCAUCUUCAUGGAGACCCAAAUCACUACGCUGAUCAUCUCCAAGAAGGAACGCAUGCUGCACAAGGGCUCGGGCUUCCACCUGGACCUGCUGCUCAUCGUGGCCAUGGGUGGCAUCUGUGCCCUCUUUGGCCUGCCCUGGCUGGCUGCCGCCACCGUCCGCUCCGUCACUCAUGCCAACGCGCUCACCGUCAUGAGCAAGGCUGUGGCACCUGGGGACAAGCCCAAGAUCCAGGAAGUCAAGGAGCAGCGGGUGACAGGGCUGUUGGUUGCCCUACUUGUGGGCCUCUCCAUGGUUAUCGGGGACCUGCUGCGGCAAAUUCCCCUGGCCGUGCUCUUUGGAAUCUUCCUGUAUAUGGGAGUUACUUCCCUCAAUGGGAUCCAGUUCUACGAGCGGCUGCACCUGCUGCUCAUGCCACCCAAACACCACCCAGACGUCACCUAUGUCAAGAAGGUUCGAACCCUCCGAAUGCACUUGUUCACGGCUCUGCAGCUGCUCUGCCUGGCCCUGCUGUGGGCUGUCAUGUCCACAGCCGCCUCCCUGGCCUUCCCCUUCAUCCUCAUCCUCACAGUGCCGCUCCGCAUGGUGGUGCUCACCCGCAUCUUCACCGAGCGGGAGAUGAAAUGUCUGGAUGCUAAUGAGGCGGAGCCGGUGUUUGAUGAGCGGGAGGGAGUCGAUGAGUACAACGAGAUGCCUAUGCCUGUCUAGCUGCUGCCCCAGUGGACAGCGAGGGACGACGGACAGAGGAGUGGGCUGGGGGUGCUCUCCCCCCGCUCCUCCUUUUUAUUUAAGUAAAUAAUUUAAAGUCCUCUAACUGCCCCCACCUCAGUAAAGUGCUUUGGUCCUCA